GUCGCCGCAGGCGUCGUCCUGGUCAUCCAAGAUCCGACGCUCGUAGCCAGAUGCCGUCGUCGUCUUCAAGCCCCGCCCACUGCUGCUGUCGUCUUCAAGCCCUGCCUGCAAGCCACCGACGGAACCCUACCUCGACGGUAGCUUGAAGUUCUGCUCCACCGCCACCGUCGCUGCUAGAAGGACCCCUACAUCGCCGCGCCCAUCAUCGCGCUUGGAGGAUCCGGACACUACCACCUAGAACUUCUUGUGAUGGCAUCGAAGGGUAUGCCAAAGAGGCCAAAAGGAGGUCGGAUAGCAGCACCGGCGCUGCAUCCAUAUCAAAUGGUGCGUCUGAGAGAAUGCAUGAAGAACAGUGCAAGGCUGAAGGAACUUGGACUUUCUGAUCGUGAGUACAGCCGAGUUUGGGCAGAAGCUGGUCAUGACAAGAAUCAAAGUGAAGGCGUUCCUUUUGACAAGUAUCAAAGUGGAGACUCUGAGUCUGAGUAUGAUCCUUUACAAGAUGAUAAUGGGGAAGGAGGUUUGAUAGAUGAUGACAAUGCUGAGUGCUCUAAGGAGAAGACUCGCAAGAAAACUAACAGCGAACAUUCUGGUGGAGUUAAGUUUCAGUCUCGCAAGAGAGUUUUUGCACACCAAACACCUAGAGUUACAAGGACAAGGGUUGCCCAGCAAGGUGCAAGUAUCACGCCAAGUGACAUUUGUGCGCCGCCUACAUCACAAGCUAAUGAGAGCCACACUAGAGAACUCGUUGGCAACUUAGAUGACCACACACAGGCUGCUUUUGAAGGCUAG